UAUCCAGUGAAAGUGAAAUGUACAACUGGCCUAUUAGUAGACCCACGUGUUGUGGCAUGUGUUUUGUAAAGCCUGCUGUCACUGUCUGUCUUUACAGACACCAAUAUUUAGACCUUAGCCAUUCUAUUUUAGAUGCAUUCCUCCUUGACAAGCUUGUCCAUAUUCAAGUGUAUGCUGCAAAUUAACUGAGGCACAUUCUCCAGUCUCAGUAAUGAGCACUGAACAUGUUAAUUGACCUAAAGUCUACAACAGCUGCAUCAUCCUCAAACAAUCCUCUCUUAUCCAGAUUUACUCUGACUGAAAUCUCAGGGGUGGUACCCCUAAGUCCUUGAACAAAGAGGCAAGGUGCCCCACUGUCAAUGCCUGGCUCAUUAUGCAACUGGAGUAUAAAACUCAGACCACAGACAGGAGCUUGGAGAUAUUUAUUUCGGGAAGCAGUUGAGGCAUAAACAAGGACCGAAGAGUGUUUGGUUAGCUACAUUAGCCCUUGUGAUCAGAGAGUUCAAGAUCUACUGAACCCAAAACUAUCAAAUUUUAUAAUUCAAAAUACAUGGAUUUUAUUUUGCCACACACGACCCCUGCUGAUGGUAUCCAAUGGGAGAAAAUUUUACCUCCCCUGAUUCCUCGACUGAAUGGAACCUAUGGACAAUACAACUGGUCUCCAAAAUUGCUUAUUGCUGAGACUGAAAAUGCCAGUUCUGAGGUGAACUGUGAUGACAAUGGCUUUACAAUUCAAGUUGAUGUUAAACACUUUAAACCAGAGGACCUGAUGGUUAAAGUUAUUGGAGACUUUGUGGAAGUGCAAGGAAGGCAUGAGGAGAAAAAGAAUGGGAGUGGACUCACAACACGGCAGUUUAAUCGUCGAUAUAGAGUUCCAAAAGAGGUGGAUAUAAUGGCUUUGGAGUCUGCUGUGUCUCCCAGUGGUAUUCUCAUCGUAUCCGCACCCAUUUUACCACCGGACAAUGUUCACGCUUUGAGCUAAUCUACACCCAACGAGAAUUAAAUGUUGUAUCCUCCAGUAAUCGUGGCAUAGGUGAUAAAUCUAUAGAAAUGUAGUCAACUUUGUACUACAUUUUGAGACUUAAUAGCAAUGUUUCAUUAAAAUUCUUGGCCACUGAUUGGAUCUUUUAUAACAUGAUUUUUUGUGUUGUUGAUUUAAAUGUGAUAUAGAAAUAAAAUUGUACUUAACAUUCCCUGAUGUUGGAUUCUAGUUCACUUGAACUCAAAAGGCCUCAAAAUGAGCAGAACUGAGUGAUGGGUGUUUUUAAAACAAGAACAACUUUAUAUUUACCAUCUUUGUUUAGAUUUAUCAACUGUGCCAGUAUGAGAGAAGGGUACUGUAUGUGAUUGUA